CGCUGGCUACCCACAAGGUAUUGAAUGACAAAGUAAUUGUCACAUAUGGAUGGGAUUGGCGAAUUAACGUUUGAUUUUGUUAUAUAUGUUGGUUCAUAAAUUCUGCCAGACAGAAUGAAGUUACCUCGGACGUUACAUAACGAUGUGAAAAACGUGUGACAAAAACUCACCUUCACCAUUCCACCGCCAGCAGCAGAGGAAAGCGACCUCGCCUAGAAUUAUAAAAACCCUUUUAUUCCAAAUUCAAGAGAGAAAAGCUAUCUUGCAUUGAUACUCAAAGUUCUACAUGUGGGUUAUGAGCUCGUUCCAGGCACUUAUAUAUUAGGUGGUUCAAAGAAUAAAUAACUUGACAUUUUGAUGAAUGAACCUUCUGUAAUUCAAGUUACGAAUUAAAAGGAACAAAAGGAAAAAUGGAAAAAAAUCAUCGUUUGUUCUUGAGAAAUCUUCCUGCAAAUGUGACCAACUCGGACAUUGAGGAGAAUUUCAAAAAUCAUGGCACUGUUGCAAAGAUUGAGAUAAAAGAAAAAGCUAAUGCUCUCGGAACUAACCACAAAUUUGCUUUUGUCAAUAUAACAACUACCGACAAGAAACUUAAUACUUGUUUCCAAGAGCUCAAGAAUCUUGUAAUAAAUGGAUGCAAAGUACACAUUGAAGUUGCUAAGGAGAGUUUUCUUGAGCGACUACAAAGAGAACGAGAGGAGAGCAAGGCAGCUCUAACGCCGAAAACAGAAACACCAAAAACUAUUGAAUCUAUCAACAUCCCACAUCCAGCAGGGGUAAAAAUUGCUCUUAGAGGUACCAAAAAGAACUUUGAUACUGAUUAUGAAGGGUUGUCAGAAAUGGUUUGUAAAAGUAGUCGAAAGACUUUUGACACCGAUCUUACUGAGGUCCCAGAAAUGGUUCGUAAAAGUACUAAAAAGAUCUUUGACACUGAUUAUGAAGAAGUUCCCAGGAUAAAAACAGAGAUUAAAGAGAAAGCAAAAGUUAUUGCACCAGAUCCAGUUGAGCGGCUCAGUACUGCAGAACAAAAGAAGAAAAACGAGGCAGAUCAAAAGCGUUUAAAGUCUAUAAUGGAAAGAAAGACGGCUUUCAAAUUGAAAGGUGGACUUAUUCGUGAAGCACUAAAUGCUGUGGAUGGGAAGCCACUAGGUAAAAAAAUAGUAUUUUCUGAUGAUCUAGACAGCUUCAACGAAAUUAACAAUCAAGCAAGUAAAGGCCAGAAACGUUUGUUUGAUGACGACGAUGAUGACGAAGAUAUUUUAGAUAACAAUGACUUUCGAGUUCGUGAAAGCGUUAAUAAAAAGCUACAAACCUUGCAGUCAAAUUACGGAAAUGACAAACGAUUUGCUCUCGACAAUCGUUUCAUUGAUGAUGAAGAUAAUCCUACAUCGGAGAAAGUCGAACUUUGUUCAGAAAUUGACCAAGAAAAAAAUUGGCAAUUAGAUAUUCUCGAGAAUGUGCUAGGAAAGCCGGUUAAACCACAAACAAGCGAUGACGUCGGAUUUAAAAAGACGAUUUGUUUGUAUCCUAGAAAGAUGGGUAUGAUGCGCUAUAAUCCUGAUGAUAAAGAUCACGCCAUGUGUGAGAUUCCUGUUACAACUGCUGUUCCCAUCAAAACAAAAAAAGUAAAACAGAAGCUUGCUGUACAGAAUGAUGUGGACAGUGUACAGCUUCCCGACUUAUCGAAAGACACGUUUUAUAAAGUUUCUGAUAACUUGGUCGACACUUUGAAAGAAAAUGAGCAAUUCAGUUUGUUGAAAACAUUCGGGACUGAGAUAUCAAGUAAAGAGAGUCCUGUCUAUGAAGGAGUUCGUGAAAAACAAGGACAUAAAUUCAACUUCAGUACGACAGAUCCAUUCAAGUACGAUUCGUCAGAUAAUGAAGAAAGUGAAGAAAAUGUCGCGGAUCUACAGAAGACUGAAUCAAAGAGUGAUUGGAAUGACAGUUUAUUUUUCAAUGUUGAUGAUGUUCGUUUUGAAGAUGCUUAUAAAUUUUUCAACAAACGAUCUGUGCCUGAUGCUGAGUUUUCAACUCGGCGGAGAGAACUGAAGCAGAUAGUGAGAUCAAAGAUACAGAAUAAUCUGAGGAAAAAGAUUACGUGGAAAAAAAAGAAACUGAACAGGGGAUGAUUUUUCUAGCACCUAUUCAUCACACAGCGUCGAGUGUAUAAAGAUUGGAGAAUAAAAAAAAUAACAUCAAA